CCCGGAAGCGCGGCGGCUGAGGGUCCUUCCGCCACCGGUCCCGCCGUAGCAUGGCCGCCGUCCCGCCCGACUCCUGGCAGCCGUCCACCGUUUCCAUGGAGACCACGUGCUAAGAAGCUCCCAGUGUCUCCGGAACGGGAGAGCUCCGUUAUCCCCCAGUAUCAACCAGUCCUGGUUCCCGCCCCGGAUGGGCCCACUUGUGCUGGAGCUGUACUGGCAACACGCCCCCCGCACCUGCAAGAACUUUGCUGAACUGAGCCGCCGUGGGUACUACAAUGGCACCAAGUUCCACCGCAUCAUCAAGGACUUCAUGGUGCAGGGAGGGGACCCCACAGGUACCGGCCGUGGUGGUGCCUCUAUCUAUGGGAAGCAGUUUGAGGAUGAGCUGCACCCUGACCUGAAGUUCACUGGUGCUGGGAUCCUGGCAAUGGCCAAUGCAGGGCCGGACACCAAUGGAAGCCAAUUUUUCCUGACACUGGGCCCAGCACAGUGGCUGGAUGGGAAGCACAGCAUUUUCGGGAGGGUGUGCCAAGGAAUGGGGGUGCUGGGGCGCCUAGCCAUGGUGGAGACCAACUCCCAGGACCGACCUCUUGACGAUGUCAAGAUCAUCAAGGCGUAUCCCUCGGGGUAGGGGUGUGGGGUGCCCUCCCUCCAAAUUGUACUGCUUGUUUGUAAUAAAAGAGGUUGGAUGUAG